GAAAGAUGGCGGAGUGUUUUGGCGGCGACGGCCGGAUUUCUCGUCCCUCAGGAUGGCUGGGGCAAACUUGGUGCCUGAGGCGAGUGGGCAUGAAUGAAGAGUGGCUGCUGCUGGAGGAUGGGAGCGAGGUAACUAUAGGUCGAGGAGCUGGUGUCACUUACCAGCUGAUAUCAAAAUCCUGUCCACUGAUGAUCUCUCGGAACCAUUGUAUUUUCAAGCAAAAUGCUGAUGGCCAGUGGACCGUGAAGGAUAACAAGAGUCUAAAUGGUGUCUGGCUGAACUGUGAACGCAUUGACCCUUCAAGGGCCUAUAUUUUACAAGAGGGGGACUUUAUCCAAUUAGGAGUGCCUUUAAAACACAGAGAAACUGCUGAGUAUGAAUAUACACUAAUAAAGGAAGAAUGGAAGAUAAUUAGUCCAUUUUUAGCAUUGAAAAAUGACCAGCUGACAGAGAAAAUAAAGGACCUCAGGGCUAAACGGAAAAUUAGCUUGGAGGAAUCAGAGACAUCUGGAGCAGAAGGGCCUUCCCAUUCUAGAUCCAAGAGAGAUCGAGUAUCUCCUGAUAAUGACUCUUUGGGGAAAUCUCAGGAAGGCAAUACAGAACUGUCUAAACAACCAACAGAAAACAUGGAUAUAGUAUUAUUUCCAUCAAAACCAAGCAAGAAAGAGAAGAAAAAAAACCACUGUAACUCUGUUCAACCUGAUCAAGUAUUUCUCAUCUCUGAAGAACAAAAAAAUCCAAGUCUGGCACAGUCUUGGAACAGUUUGGAACAAAUAAUAAAAACUCUGGAAGACAUGACAAAGCUCAAAGCCAAGGUGCAGGAGAAGCAGACAGCAGUUUUGACUGUAAGACAAAAGCCCAAAUGUGCUCCAAAAGAGAUCCAGGUACUGGAGCAGGAGUUACAAGAACUGCAGGAACAGUUAUGUACUGAGCAGCAGCAGCAGCAGCAGCAAGUAGAGCAAUUAGAGAAAACUUUCUCUGAGGAACUAGAGAGAGCAAGUGAAGAACACGGAGAAGAAAGACUGAAGGACCAACUAGCUCAGGUCCUAGUACAGCAUCAAGCUCUUAUGGAAGAACUGAACCGUAGUAAGAAAGAUUUUGAAGAAAUAAUUAAAGCCAAGGAUAGGGAAUUGAAAGAAACCAAGGAGGAAAAGGAGAAAGCAAGAGCACAAAAAGAGGAGGCAUUGAGCCAGAUGAAUGAUGUAUUAGAGAACGAGCUGCAAUGUACAAUUUGCUCUGAACACUUUAUUGAGGCUGUUACUCUAAAUUGUGCACAUAGCUUCUGCUCAUAUUGCAUUGAUGAAUGGAUGAAACGUAAGGUGGAGUGUCCAAUAUGUAGAGGGACAAUAUUAUCCAAGACACGGUCAUUGGUUCUGGACAACUGCAUUGACAGGAUGGUAGAAAACUUGGAUGCUGAGACAAAGCACCGUCGCCUGUCCCUCAUCCAGGAACGAAAAGGAAAGCAGGUUGUUCCGCCAAGCCCAGCAUCAGACAGUGAGAACAGUGAGAGCAGUAGUCUUACCUCUUCUUCAGACAGUGAGAGCAGUAGUCUUACCUCAACAUUAGAUAGUGAGAGCAGUAGUCUUCCAUCUAUGCAUUCCCUUAGUAGCACUUUCACAAGCAGCUCUGAAAGUGAUGAUUAUGAGGGUGACUCUGAUAGUCCCCAUACAAUAUGAAACAUCUGCUCUGCAUU